AUGUCACGGGUUGGUACCUAUAUUGAGAAUAAAUGUGCUUAUGGGAUUGUUUGGAAAGCGAUGGAUAGGAAAUCCAGGGAGGUGAUAGCUCUGAAGAAAAUUUACGAUGCCUUUCGAAACCCCACGGACGCCCAAAGAACUUUUAGGGAAAUCAUGUUCCUGCAAGCAUUUAAAGAUCACCCUAAUAUCGUGAGAUUGUACAGUAUACACAGAGCAAUCAAUAACCAGGACAUAUACCUUGGCUUCGAAUACAUGGAAACGGAUCUUCACAAUGUCAUCAAAAGGGGAAACAUUCUCAAAGACAUCCACAAAAGAUACAUCAUGUACCAAAUGUUGAGCGCUACUCGAUAUAUCCAUUCAGGCAACGUAAUACACAGGGAUCAAAAACCUUCCAACGUUUUAUUGGACAGCUCGUGCAGAGCCAAAAUAGCUGAUUUCGGUUUGGCCCGAAGUGUAAAUCACAAAGACAAUAUGGAUGGAGAAAUGGAAGUGGACCCAACUCUCACAAAUUAUGUAGCCACAAGAUGGUAUCGGGCUCCUGAAAUUCUAACCGCUAGCAAAAAGUAUACCAAAUGUGUUGACAUGUGGAGCUUAGGAUGCAUUUUAGGCGAAAUGUUACGCGGAAAACCACUUUUCCAAGGAAACAGCACCAUCAACCAAGUGGAAAAAAUUAUGGCAGCUUUACCAACACCUAGUCAAGAAGAUAUAAUAAGCGUUUGUUCUGGUUAUGGAAGCGCCCUGGUGUCAACUCAGCCUACACCAGACAGAUCUUUACAUUCUCUUAUGGAAGGUUACCCAGAAGAUGCCAGAGAUUUAGUAGAAUCAUUAAUUGUCCUUAAUCCGAAUCAUCGACUAACUGCUUCGGAGGCUUUGGAGCACGAAUACGUAAGGAGAUUCUACCGAAAAUCAGGAGAAAUGAUUAUGCCUUACAACGUAGUACCGCCACUAAGAGAUGAUGUCCAACUUUCAGUGGAUGACUACCGAAACAAAUUAUAUGAAUACAUAAAUACUGGUGGUGGACAUUUAUCUACAACCCCAAAAAUAUCAAUUAGAAAUCAGAGAUUGACAAUAUCUAACCAAAGAAUGAUACCAACCGCACCCCAACAACCACCUCCUCCAACCAGACAAAGGUCUUUAAUUUUGAGACCGAGAAGAGAGCAGGCUGAAUAUCAAACGACGCUUCACAGACCACAAACAGUUGUCAAGAGAAGUAAUACAUCGAUGAUUGAUGAUAACUCCAUGCACAUGACUCAAGGAAGACUAACCAGCAGCCAAGCUCAACAAAGGCAACCUACUGCCAAAUCUGCAGCGACUACCACAUAUGAAAGAAAUCAUAAGCAGGGAAUAACUCCUAUUAGAAAGUCCAUGUCGAGCAAAUCGAGCAAUACUGUUCAUUCUGAGCCAAAAAUUUAUUGCAAACGACGAGUUGACUACACAGAAGGAGCAAAUAUGACACCAGCAGCAGGAGAUAUUGGAAGAAUGCAGCAUGGAUUCAGUCAACUGAACUUGGCUACGCCCAUAUCAUAUCCGAACGCAUCCGACGACAUUCAACUAACGAUAGACACACAAAAGCUGAGGCAAACCAUUACAUCAGGACAUCAGUUUCCAGAAACUGUGCCCUCUAAUCAUAAUCUAGAACCAGCUUCACGUUAUAGCAUCAGACAGAAGAAAUAUUCCAGUGUAUCAGCAGAUGAAGGUCAGCAGUAUUAUCAGUACAAAGAUUAUGGAGUGAUAACGGAGAGCGCCCUGCACGAGUUAACCAGGAAUUUACGGUCGGGUGUGCGAUAA